UCACCUAACCUAGCUCGGCGCGCGAUCAGCUGCGAUGUUUACUCCGCGGAGCGCCACCAGCUGUUUCCCGGGCCCCGAAAAACUCCCGCUCAGUUUUCCAUGAUCCCCCCGUGAAGUGCGCCAUGGAGUCGGUGUUCAGGAUUGUGUUAGUGGUUGUGCUCUUCUUCGUGCUCACCAGUGAGUUCAACCUGAUUUUGAGUCAUGUGUACGACCGGUUCAGGACGGUCUCCGCCGCGCAUGGGAAGUCUGAAAGUGCGACGAUUUUGGCGGAUGCCACCGGCGGGAAAAGUGUGCCCGGCAGUGAACAGUUCCCCAAGGAGUCGAUCAACAAAGCCUACUUUUCCGGCGCUGAUGAGGAGGAAUCGGAGGAAAACUAUGGGUUUACGAGUAAAUCCUUCAAUGUUCGGCAAAGGCUAGUCCAUACAAUCAAGACUUCAUGUUUACCGAAACUGAUCUGUGAGCUGAAUGCAUCGCCACACAAGGAGACCUUGUCAGAAGCAGAGAGAUCUCUUUUGUCCUUAAUUAGGGACACGAGUAUCAGCACAACUGCGGAAGUGACUUCCAGAUACCACUUCGCAGCACACAUGGGUCAGCUCAUUGCAGGAGUUGACGGCACUGGAUGCCACAACUUUUAUCCCUCCUGUCCGUUUCCCGGGCUGCAAGUGAUGUCAAUGAUGAAAAAAGUGCAGAUUAGAUGAUUCCUCCAC